AACAAUGGAGGCGAAGAGAAGUGACAAAGUCGACGAUAACUAUUUUAAGUUGCCUCAUCCUUUUUGGAUCGUGUCAAUUGCUUUUGGAUUGUGGUUAUUAUUUAUGUCAACAUUUGCUCCAUAUCGCAUACCUUGUUACCUUGGACCAGUGUGCUGGAUUGGUCGCUACAUGGGAACACAAUAUCCUCUAGUGUGUAAACUGCUGUGUUUGGGAACUGUCAUUAUUCAUUGUCUGGAAGCGGCAUAUGCAGAACUUCUCUGUUUAGAUAAACAGUUAUCGAUGAGUGCCUCAAUCAAGUGGACACUGCAGACUUUAAUGUUUGGAUUUGCUUCACUCAUCCGGUUAAAGGAUUACAGCGGUCAUCAAAAACUCUCAUAGUCACAAAUACGCAUGGAAUAUUGAAUCGUGAUAAAAAAGUGUGUGAUUACAAUGUUUUUAUGUCUGUUAUGGAAAUUGUACAUUAUAAAGUUAUGACUUGUUUUUUCAGAUGUUUGAAUAGAUGGUAUUUCGGGGUGUGGGGGGGGGGGGGGAGAGAAAAAACACUAAAAAACCAGUCAGUCUCAUAUAUGCAUGGGAGAUUGAAUUAUGAUUUUUUUUUAAAGUGUUAUUAAAAUGGUUUGAUGUCUGUUAUUAAAAUUGUACAUUAUUAAGUUAUGAUUAGUUUUUUUGAUGUUUGAAUAAGAUGAUAUUUCAGGAGUGAGUCACAAAAAACAGUCAUACAUGUAGUCUCAAAUAUGCAUGUAAGAUUCAUUAAAUCAUGAUAAAACAAAAGUGUGUGAUUAAAGUGUUAUGGAAAUUGUACAUCAUUAAAGUGACAUUCCCUAGUGUUUAAACACUACAGCAUAUUUUUCACUAUUAAAGCCAGUUUUUGACAAUUUAAAUUGGAAUUACUUACAUUUUAUUAUUUAGAAUAUUCAUUUCUUACACCUGAAGUGAAUCUGGUCAUUCAGGUUUUGGUAAUACCCUCAAAUACAUUUUUCAUAAUUCUAAAAACGCAUGUUCGUUUGAGAAGUAAUGGGUAUUGAGAGAAGCUUUAGUUAAUUUUAUACGCCAUUUCCCUGUUUAAACAUAGACUUCAUCUUCUCUCUGUUAACACUUUAUUCAUAGGUGAUGUAGGUUUGUAGAUUAACUAAAUCUAGUGUCCAUUUUUAUAGUCUGAAACUAGGGUCUGCUCCUUUAAGUUAUGAUUUUUGGUUUUUGCAAUACGGUUGUAUUUUAGGGUCAAGUCACAAGAAAGUCAUAGUCUCACAUAUGCAUGGAAGGUUGAAUUAAGAUUUUUUAAAAAGAUAAAAAAGUGUGUGAUUAAAAUGUUUUGAUGUCUGUUAUAGAAAUUGUACGUUAUUAAGUUAUUAUUUCUUUUCUGAUGUUUGAAUAAGAGGAUAUUUCAGGGAUGGACAUUAGUCUUGUUAUUUUUUGGAAAAAAAUUCUGAUUGUUAUUAUUAAAGUAUCUGACUCUUAAUUAUUAGGGAGUUUAAGACAGGCCUCCCAGACCUAUUUUUCCCAUAUUUCCUAUAUUUUUUAUAGGAUCCUAUAAAACUCCUAUAUUGAGAUUCAUUUCCUAUAUUUGACUUAAUUGCUUUGCCAAAAUGCUUAGGAAUAAAAUAUGUUACUGAGUUAUAUUCGCAAUGAAAAGCAAGCCUGUCAGAAAUUCAGAAGAUGCUUUGAAUGUGGGAGAUCUGUGUCAAGUGCCAAUCAAGAUCCUGCUCACCUGUAUUACUGAUACAAGAUGCACCAACUUUCAAAGUAUCCUGGAUAUCGGCAUGGACUGCUGGCAAGCCUUGAUAUAUAUUUGUUGAGGUAGUAGAUGGUAACUUGUGUACAUAUGCAAGGUAAGAACAUACCAUUAGUAAUGUAAAUGUCUUUAGAAAUCCAUGUAAAAUGCCUAUAAUCUUGAUAAUUGGUCCAAAUUUUCCUAUAAAACUCCUAUAUUUGACCUCAAAAUUCCUAUAACACUUCUAUAUUUUGAUAUGCAAAUUCCUAUAUUUCCUAUAUUUUAAUAUGUACAAGUGGCUGGGAGGCCUGUUAAGAUAUUUUUGUCGUUUAUGACUUGUUUUAUCAUUUUAUCGUAUCAAGUACAUUUUGCAUUAAUUAUGAUUUUUGGCAAAUCCAACAUGUUUAUGGUCAUUGUGGUGUUUGUAGUAACUUUAAAGAAUUUUGUUUUGGAGAUAUGAAAAUGCUACAUAACUGUGAAACUGGGAUCAGUCGCUUUAACAUUAUUUCUUUGGCCCAAAAUAUUCUAUGCCUCCCAAGUGAUGCUAUUGCACAUUUGUUUAACUUUGAAUUGGUGAUCGUUAAGAGGAGGAAAGCCAAUGUAUGUGUGUGUGUGUGUAUAUAUAUAUAUAUAUAUAUUAUAGAGAGAGAGAGAGAGAGAGAGAGAGAGAGAUAGAGAGAGAUGUUUUCAAGGAUGAGACUUUUAUUUGCCCAAUUAAAAAACAAAACAAUUCAGAGCAACACACUAUGCAACUUAUUUUUGAUUUUGCUUCAAGCAUUUAUGAAUUGUUACAGUAACUGUUGUAGUUACAUUGUAAAUACAGUUGUUGAAAUAUCCAUGUCUAUAAACAUAUAUAUAUAUUAUAUAGAUUUUUAAUCUAAAUACAGGGUUACGUAUUAGCUUUCUGUACAGCUUUUCCCACUGUGUUGAAAGUCUGAUAGUUUUGCCGCUCCACUUUAUCACAGACAGUCACUGAAUGCUUCUUAUGGCUUGUUUAGUAUUGUCAAAUGUCAGCAAGCAGCAUUUUGUUUGGUCACAGGAUAGGUCAUCCAGAUAUGGUAUAACAUUGGGUUUGGUAAGAUCUCCUGGCAGAAACGUAAACUUGUAUUGAUCAGUAGGAUGUGAAUCGAGUCAAGACUUGAGUCUUUCAGUGUGAAUAUUUUUCUGUGUGCAUAAAAUGUAAUAAUGUAUGUACUGGUAAUAUAUACUGGACAGCAAAAGAAACAAAUAUUAAGAAAACAGUUGUGAUCAAAUUAAUUUGAUAAAUAGGAAAAGAAAGAAAGAAAUGUUU